CGAAUGAAAAUAAAAAUACACGCAGUUGGCGAGUGGUCAACGACCAGUUUUAUUUUACUCGUGAUUCAGAAUUGACAUUAUUUCAGUGUAUUGUAACGUGGAUAUUUAAAUAAUUAGAAGCAAUGUCUCUCGUAAAUGAUAAAGAAAACAUUAGCAAUGGAAUUAACAACGUUCACAUCAAGUCUCCCGUGAAGAAUAACGUUCUCUCUGCGCGAAACGAUAACCUAACAGAGAAAAUGGAAGUAGAAAAAAUGGAAAAGACCACAACGACAGUAGAGUUUGACCCACAACUUGAGCCACUGCUACGGGAUAAUCCAAGACGAUUUGUAAUAUUCCCAAUUCAGUAUCCUGAUAUAUGGAAAAUGUACAAGAAAGCGGAAGCAUCAUUUUGGACAGUGGAAGAAGUGGAUUUGUCAAAGGAUUUAUCUGACUGGGAUUCAUUGAAGGAUUGUGAAAGGCAUUUUAUUAAGCAUGUUUUGGCAUUCUUCGCUGCAUCAGAUGGAAUAGUCAAUGAAAAUCUUGUCGAAAGGUUCUCACAGGAGGUCCAAGUGACUGAAGCCAGAUUUUUCUAUGGGUUCCAAAUUGCUAUGGAAAAUGUACAUUCUGAAAUGUACUCAUUACUAAUUGACACAUACAUCAGAGAUCCAAAAGAAAGGGACUUCUUAUUCAACGCCAUUGAGACUCUGCCCUGUGUGAAAAAGAAGGCUGACUGGGCUCUACAGUGGAUCGCCAGCAAGACAGCCACAUUUGGUGAACGUAUCGUCGCCUUCGCUGCAGUUGAAGGCAUCUUCUUUUCGGGCAGUUUUGCUUCCAUCUUCUGGCUGAAGAAGAGAGGACUCAUGCCUGGACUUACAUUCAGCAAUGAACUUAUUUCUAGGGAUGAGGGCCUCCACACAGACUUCGCGUGUCUGAUGUUCAAGCACCUGGUCCAGAAGCCAAGUAAGGAGCUGGUGUUGAAGAUCAUCAAGGACGCCGUGGUGAUCGAGCAGGAAUUCCUGACAGACGCGUUGCCCGUGAGGCUGCUGGGCAUGAACUGCGACCUCAUGUCGCAGUACAUCGAGUUUGUGGCUGACCGACUGCUGGUUGACCUCGUCGGAGAGAAGCAUUACAACACAAAGAACCCAUUCGACUUCAUGAACCUCAUCUCCCUGGAAGGCAAAACAAACUUCUUUGAGAAGAAAGUAGGAGAGUACCAGAAGUGGGGAGUCAUGGCUAACCGCAUGGACAAUGUAUUCACUUUAGACGCGGAAUUCUAGUUUCUAAGAUAUGAGUCCAUGGACUUCUGGGAUGACAGUAUUAAAUAUUCCAAUGUUUAAAGUAAGCAUAAAGAUUGGUGUCGGUUGAACGAUAAAGCUGUAAUAUCAUGAUGUACUAUAUGAUAUAUGUACUUAAUAUUUUGUACCUGCAAUCAACUGUGUGCCUGGUCAAGAUGAAUCAGAAAGUAUAAAGAGUGAGUGAUGGUCCACUUUUUAUUUUGACAUAUUUAACAUUUUUUUCACAUGAAAUAGUUUUGACUAAAAGAUUUUUACUUUAAUAAGAUUUUAUUUUUCUGGAUUCGUGAUUAAAAUUAAAACAAGACAUGAAAUUGUAGUAAUUACAAUUUCUUAAUUCAUAUCAUUCCAUAAAUUAUAUAAUUGACAUGCACAUGAUCUAUCCCGUGACCUGUAAAAUAUGGAAAAACAAAUACCAUCCUAAACUUUUCUGACACAUUUGUAACUAUUAUUGUAUAGAGAUUUCUGUAUUUUGAAAAGAGUAAAGUAUAUCAAAUUAGUUAUAAGCUUAAUUAUAUGCACUGUCUGCAUUCUUAGUUUUAAUUUUUGCAAGAUUUUUUUUACGAAUUAAGAGAAAAUGUAAUCAUUGGGAAAUGAUUUGAUUUUGUGUGAUAGUAAUAUUAACUUUAUGUAAGACAAUAAACUUUAAUUUCAAGUCUUGUCGGUUCAUAUUGGUUACUUAGGGUAACUUUUUUUUAGCCUAUGGUUGUUGUGUUCCAUACUGCUACUCAUUAGUGUUGUUCCGUGUACUGCUGCUGGCUGGGUAGCUACUGGUAACCGGCAUCCGGUUCGUAAAUCGAGUUAAAAGAGCAAUUUAUGAUAUGUUAUGGAACAUACAUUAUACUAAUAUUAUAAAGAUUGCUUUUGUAAUAAAUAAAUAAACUCAAAACUA